UCCGCACAGUCGCCGUCGCCGCCGCGUGUGCUUUGAAGAAAAUUUUCCCGUGCACGACUCGUGAAGAAAAAGUGGUUCCGAUUCCGUUAAACCCCCCAUGAACUAAGUGCCGCAACCUGCUACGAUGGGUAAAUUCCGUUCCAAGCUGAAGAAGAAGCCGGGCAACAAGCGGUGGGCCCGCGGUCACGCGUCCACCUCGAACCCGGAGACGAACAAGCACCGGGCGAAGGCCAAGAGUCGGUUCUUCCAGGCGAAUUUGAGUUUGGCUCCGCCGGCGGCGGAUGAGUCCGGGUCGGCGAGCCGGUUGACGCUGGAGGCGGUGCUGAAGCACGAUGCGAUUCAGUCUUAUGGGAAGAAGAGUGGUGACGGGGGGAAGGAGGGAGGACCGACGGUGAACGACAUCGCGGCCAGUAUGAAGUCGUUCAGCAUGAAUGAUGGGGACGGGGAUGAUGGGAUGACCGGGUCUGGGGGGUUGGGGACGUUUAAGACGUUCCAGACGUUUGCUUCGAACUGGAGUGCGUGCAGUAAUAUGAGCUUCAAGAAGCUGUUGAACAACUUCCGGGCGGAUUCGCAGCUGCAGAAGGACAUGCUGGCGAUUCUGGCGGCGCUUACGGAGGUCAUCAAGGAGAACGGGGGUAGUCAGAGCAGUACGGAGUACUUUUUGGGGCUGAUGGAAACGAUUGAGGCGACGAAGGAGGAAUCGGACACGGUGGCGGCGGUUUCGCUGCUUUCGAUGGGAAUUAAGUCGGUUCCGGAGGCGGUGUUGAGGAAGAAGUUCUCGGAGACGGCACAGACGUUGCUGGGGUUGUUGGAGCGGUACGCGGAGUCGGACAAUCAGAACAUGGUGCGCAGCAUUGUCGGGUGUUUGUCGGUGGUUCUGCGAGCGCAGGAAUAUUCCCAGUGGAAGUUGUCAUCGACGUUGAAGUUCUUCGACGGGAUUUUGUCGUUUGUGAUCCAUACGAAGCCGAAGAUCCGGAAGGCGGCCCAGCACGCCGUUGUUGCCAUCAUCCAUGGAAGCUGCUUCAUGUUGCCACCGAAGAUGGGCGAUGAGGAGAAGAUGGACGACGGAGAGCAGCAGGCCAAACCCGGGGUCAAAUGCCACCCGGUUGGCGGUCGCGUGGCGCGGUUCUGCGUGGGACAGUUCAAGCCGGAGAACAUCGGCAACAAUCAGACGCUGGUGCUUCACACGCUGGGAUUGCUGCACAACGCCCUGCCAGGCUUUUCGAAGGACGACAUCAAACUGGUCGCGGAAAGUCUGCUCUCGAUCAUGACCGCAACGAACGUCCUCAUCCGGACCAACUGCUUCCAGACGUUCCACUCGCUCUUUUCGUCCAAAACAGAAAACCUUACGCCAACUCUAGCGGGAAAGUUGAUCGCCGCCCUGUACGACUACCGCCCGGAUCGUUCCGACUCGAAGCAGAUCAUCGCCUGGUUGACGGUCCUCAAGGAGGGUCAUCUCUUCCUGGCCAAAUCCAACCUGACCAUGUGCAGCAGCGCCCUGCCACGCUUCGUGGACGUUUGCACGCGUGACUUUUGGUCCUCGGACCGGAUGGAGGUCGUGUCCUCCGCGAGCAACUCCCUCAAAGACAUCCUGUACGAGUGCGUUCAAGCCUGCUGCGAAGACGACGAGGUCGAGAAGCAUCGCGUCCCGAUCGAGCGGAUUUUAACCGCCAUCACGGACGUCCUCAGCUCGGCCCCCUUCGGUCACGCCUCGAACCAGGUUCUGAUCAUCCUGGCGAUCGCGUUCGACAUCGCUGGCAAGCACUUUGGGCCGACGCUGGCCCCGGCGUUGAAGACGCUCGGAAACCGUUACGACCCGCAGUCUUCCAGCCGAAUUCAGAUCGAACAUGCCGUGCUGCAGGCGGUCGGUUCCAUGGACACCGGUCUCGUGCUGCAGUGCAUUCCGUUGGCGGAAGAAUCGGGCAAAAUCGACCUGGAAAAGACGUGGAUGUUGCCGCUGCUGCGCGAAGGACUCAACGCGUCCCGGCUGGAGAUCUUCAACAGCGUCAUCCUCAAGUUGGCCUACCAGUGCUACGUCCUCUGGAACAAGUUCAAAGAAACGGACAACAAACAGCAGGCGCACGUGUUCGAACUGCUCUGCUGCCAACUCUGGGGUCUCUUCCCGGGCUUCUGUCGCCGCCCCCAAGACAUUCAAAACUUCAAACUGAUCGCCAAAACGCUCGGAACAGUCCUCAACGAAAACCCCGACCUUCGCUCGCCCAUCCUGGACGGCCUCAAGGAACUCAUCCCCCACUUAGAAUCCGACGCCGACAAAGCCGAAGUUGGCAAGUACGCGAAGAACUUCCUGCCGCGACUCUUCAACAUCUACACCACAAAACCCAAGGGCAGCUACGAAAACGAAGUCCGCCAAGCCGCGUUCGACGUGAUCAAAACCUACCUCGCAAUAACCCCCGCUCCAAUCCUCGACGAACUGCACAAGGUCGCCCUAGACCAACUGACCACCAAAGCCCCCGGAACCUUCAUCUACGACAUGCUGUUCGACGUCGUCGAGCAACUCUCGCUCUACCAAUCAGCGGAAAAACUCGACGACAUCUACCAGCGGUACAUCACGGUGAUCCUGAAGCGGGACAAGUCCCAGGAAACGGUCGCCAAAACGAACGCCAACGUGCGCCGGCAGAUGAAGAAGGCAUUCAAGCUGCUGAGGGAGAUUCUAGCCUCAGACCACCCGGGUUGCGUCGAGUUCCGGAACACGCGCCGUGGAAACGUUGAAAAGUUGCUGCUGGGAACGCUGCACUCGACGUUCGAUGGGAUUCAGGCGCCGCGGUUGGCCUGUUUGAAGCUGUUGAUUGAGAAGAACCCGGAGAUCAAAACGAACAACAAGCUUGUGACGCGGACGAUUCCGGAGGCGAUCGCGUCGUACAAUGUGGAGGCAGUCAAGCAGGAGAAUCUGUCCAACGAGCUGAUCGAGAUGAUUGGAACGAUGUUUAAUAACGAGUCCAAAAUCAACGAGUUUGUGGACCUGAUCAUCGCGGGCUUCACCGGCGACAGCAUCCUCAUCGCGAACACCAUCUGGGUGCUGAAGAACGUGCUGCAGACGUUCACGGGGACGCUGACGGUGGACACGCUGCGCUUCAUGCUCGAGCAGGUCGGCACGUUCGUGAUCGGGAACAACCGCACCGAGGUGGAGGCCGCCCUCAACUUUGUGCUGCUGUACGUGAAGAUCCUGCCGGUGCCGCUGGUCACAAAUUAUUUGCCGCUGAUUACGAAGGCGAUUUCGAUGAUGAACGCGGACACGAAGCGCCACUGCCGGCAGCUGGUGGGCUACACGCUGAAGCGGCUCUGCAAGCGGUUCGGCGCGGAGGAGAUCAUCAAGCUGGUGCCAGGAAAUGACGAGGUCACACACAAGCGACUCAAGAAGAUUCGCAAGGAGAUGGCGCGGGCACGGCGAAAUAAGCUGGAGGAUCAGAAGCGCAAGAAGAAGGGUGGGGCGGGAGGUGCGGACUCGGACUCGGACGAUGAGGAAAGCGAGCUGGCCGGACAUCUGGAGAAGAAGAGCUUGACCAUCGACGACAUCCUGGCAGAUUCCGACUCGGACUCCGACUCUGGCGUUGAGGAUGAGCGAAAGGCCAAGAAGAAGAUGGCCACCUACAUCAAGGAAUCUCCGGAGAACAUUGUCGAUUUGGCCGACUUGGACGCCAUCAGCAAGAUCACCACAUCCCAACCGAUGGACCAAUCGGAGCCGGGAAGUUCCGGCCUCAACCGCGGCCCUGCCACCAAGAAGAAGGACCCCAACCGAGGCUUCGCGACGGCCGCCGACGGUCGCCUCAUCAUCGAGGACAUCGAGGACUACUCCGACUCGGACGAGGAUCCGGACGAGGCCGUCGGGUACAAGGACAAGGCGAAGAAGCGCGUCUACGACGAAGAGAGCAGCGAUAGCAACGCCGAGGACGAGACGGAACCGGCGGACGGCGCGGACGGACCGUCCUCGCGCAAGCGAAAGGCCAUGGAAGCGAUGAGCAUGCGGUCGGGCAUGAGUGGCGGCAGCAAAGGGUACGUCGCAGGUGGCAAGGGCAUCCAUCGACCGGUGGCAGCGUCCGUCAAGUCCGGCUACAGCGGCAAGUCGUCCAAGAGCACCAAGACGUUCGUGUCGGCGAGCGGAACCGAGUACCGCUCGAAGAAGGCCCAGGGUGACAUGCUGAAGAAGGGCAAGCACGAACCGUACGCGUACGUGCCGCUGAGCAGAAAUUCGCUCAACAGGAGAAAACGCGCCAAGAGUGCGGGCCAGUUCAAAGGUAUUGUGAAGGGAGCGAGGAAGGGGGCGGCGGCCGGAGCAAAGAACCGGAUGGUGAAGAAGACUGGCGCCGGAGGCGGUGGCAAGCGGAAGUGAGGCGAACCGUUGUGGUGAGUUCGGAGUGAGGGAUUGAAUCAGGAAAAGUGGAUUUUUAUUCAUUUUGUGGUAUUUGAUGUAAAUAAAGUAAACAAUACUAAUC